AAUUCGGAUUCGAUCAGAAUUUUUGAUUAAAUUCGAAAAACUUCGGUUAGACCGAAUAAUUUGCAAAUUAUUCGGCCGAAUUGAUAACUAGGAUUUCAACCCUAUUUUCGGCUACCACCCAGAAAGUGAAAGAGAAAGAGGGAGAUAAGAAAGAAAACAAGAAACCAGGUGUUCUAAAUGUCUAUUGACCUGUCUGCGACUUCAUCCCACCAGACCACUCAAUCACCUAUGCGUCACAUGUUGACACAAGAGGUUGCCUCAAAAACAUCAUCCUGCGUACCCCAGCUCUGUAGAAGAACCGAAUCCUUGAAACUGAUCCAAAUUUCAUGAUCAUGUGAUUUGUCAUCAUAAAAACGUGGCAUUUGAAAAAUGGUCUAAAAAUGAAUUAAUUUGGAUACUUAUUUUUCAAAAAGGUCCCACUUUCAAAAGGAAUUUUUAAAUUAUUUUUUAUUUUAUUUCAUUAAAAAAUACUUGGAAUAAAAUUUUGAACGACACCUAGGUCAAGAAACAAUUCUCAAAUAUUGCUCUUGGAACUCAUUGAAUGAGCACUCCAAUAGACUUCACAAUGACAAAAGUGAUAAUCUAAAGACAAAUUGGGGAAUUUGAGGGAGAAGUAAUGUUGGCGGUUGCAAAGAGAGAGGAUUAUAUUGACAUUACAUUUUUAACCUGGUAACUAAAAAUGCUAUUUUACCCUUAUAUAAAUUUUUGGAAAUAAGAAAAAGGGAAAUCAAAAAAAGAUUACAAUUUCUUAGUUCACUAUUUUGAUGACAACAAAUAAGUAGUUUCCUUGACUAAAUGACGCCUCUGAAAAGUGAAUUUAGAACUUGACAUCUUUUGAUUGUCCUUUGUCUUAUUUGUAAAAGUUCUUUAACUUAAGAAUAAAAAAGAGUUAUAAAAAAUUAUUUGAAAUUGACUUAUUAUUAUAUUACUAUCAGAAAAUUUUUGAGUAUGCUUGUGAAAUGAUAGGAUUUACUCGCAUUAAAAAAAGUGUGUGAUACUAAUAGGGCAAAAAAUAAAGUAAAAAUUAUUUGACACAUUAAAGACCAUCAAUAAGAAAAUCCAAGGUUGUAACUAAAUUUUCGAGUAUGCUUAUGGAAUCUACUUCACAUCAAUUUUCACAAACUCAUUAUCUGUCCUAUUAUAACUAAUUUUACAUACCGUAUUCUUUGUUUUCAUUGUACUUAUAUGAAAACCUUUUAUUCCAAGAUUGACCUCUAUAAUUCAUAUUAAUCUAUGCUUUUGUCUCAUCCACCAAAAUAAUAUCAUUAGCAAAAAACAUAUAUCGAUUAAGAGACCUGAUCUUGAAUGUCUUUCGUUAAUUCAAUUAUAAUAAAUAUAAAUAACUAUGUGUUUAAAGCUAAUCCUUGAUGUAACCCAAUUGUAAUUUUACCAAAAAGAUGUAACCCAAUUGUAAUUAGGAAUUCACUAUCUUGUCCCCCCAAAGUUUUACACUAGUCACUAGUCACUAGUCACCACAACAUUAUACAUAUCUUUAGUUAUGUCUAUAUAUUUACUUUAAACACUUCCCUUCUCUAACACUUGCCAAUUAACUUUUUCUAUGUCAACAAAUACCAUAUAAAUAAACCUAGCAAAAUCUAAGGCUGAAGUUCCCUCAUUUAUCUCUAAAAUCAUAUCCUCCAUGUAUUCUUCCAUAGCCUUUACAGUCACUUCCAACAUGUCCAUUCAUAUAUUCUUUAUAAUCAUUUUUGUUCCUUGACUAAAACCUCGCACUAAUCCAUCCUUAUAUAUAGUAUACCGAAAAGAAAAAAAAAAUCUAUAUAUAUUCAUCAACUCUAGUUACAACUUAAUCCUUAGUCCAAAUGAUUAACAAGAAAACUUGAAAUCCUGCUCCAAUUUCUCUCAUAAUUGAUCAAAUAUACAUAGGCAAGUGUUUUCCAUCCGAGAGUGGCCCUUGUACCCAGACAUAGGGUUGCACCCCACUAGAAGGGCUACAAUGGUUAUUGCGCCCCUGUGUCUGUGGCGUAGGACCGCUCUCGGAUAGAAAACUUUGUCCAAUUAUGUAUAUUCAUUAACUCUAAUUACAACUUAAAUCUUAGCCUAUAUGAUUAACAAUAGAGCUUGAAAUUCUGGUCCAAUUUCUUCCCUCGCAUAACUGAUCAAACUUUAAGAAAUAUUCCAUUAUCUUUUGGCCUUGGAUCUUUUUAAAAUCAAUGGAUGAGUUAAUCAUAGACCAAAUGAUUAAUGAGAAAAGCUUGAAAUUCUCCCUGAUUUCCUCUCCUCUCAUAAUUAAUUAUUUAAUUUAUAAAAUUAAACUUUCCAUAAUUUUCCAUUUUUUUCAAUUUUUUCAAAUGAAUCCAUUAAUCCCUGCUUAAUUACUUGCCCACUAAUCUCUCCACUCCUCUUUCAGCUCCUGUCCGAGAGAAGGUCAAGGGACUGAACAUUAAAUCUAGGGGAGGAAAUACACCAAAACCGCAUACCUUUCGAAGUCGUUUCUUUUCUUGUCUUCAUCUUCAUCUUCUUCAAGCUACAUUCAUGGUAGGAGGAGCUGGUAUAGGCUACAGGAUUCCAGCCAAGAACCACCACUUGGCUAGAUCCACUAGGCCAUUGACGGCUUUAGGAAGGUUUCUCUGGAGUCCAAAUGAUUUGUCACAGAAACAAAUAGAAAGAACUGAGAGUCAAAUAGAGACACUUGGUUUUCCAAAUGUGUUUGGUGUUUCUUCUUGUUCUACUUGUCCUGUUGGUGCAAUUGAUGGUUACCCAACUGGAGUUUCAUCCCAGACUCUUCAAGACAUUAGCUUUGUUGAUGGGUUGUUCCUAGAUGGUGGGUCCCUUAACAUUACCCAAGAGUGGAAUCAUAACGUGGGUUUGAGAGAACAGAAAGAAGCCGAGUUGGGGAAGAAAGUGAAACCUGGAGCUUCUGCUAAUCGGAUUAAAGGGCAGUGGACAGAUGAAGAAGAUAGGCUCUUGGUUAAAUUGGUGAAGCAGUAUGGUGUAAGAAAAUGGGCUCAGAUUGCUCAGAAGUUGUCUGGACGAGCCGGAAAGCAGUGCCGAGAACGAUGGCAUAAUCACCUUCGUCCUGAUAUCAAGAAGGAUACAUGGAGUGAAGAAGAAGAGAGAGUGUUAGUUGAAUCCCAUAAGAAAGUUGGCAACAAAUGGGCAGAGAUUGCAAAGCAAAUCACUGGAAGAACAGAAAAUGCCAUCAAGAACCACUGGAAUGCCACCAAAAGAAGGCAGAAUUCAAAGAGAAAGACAAAAAACUCAGUAUUUCAUGGAGGAAAAUCUCAUCCAUCUAUUCUAGAAGACUACAUCAGAAGCAAGAUUUUGGAGGAUAAUUGCACUAGCACUGAUCUCAUACUUCCAGAGCCAUCCAAGUUCACACUAAAAGAUAAUCCUCCACCGAUUAUAUCUUCCACAUGUGAUGAAUUUCUUUUCAUUCAACAGGUCUUUGAUAAUAUUUAUGAACAGCCACCAAAUGAGGAAUCAUUAAAUGAUGAUGAUCUACAGGAACUUUUAAAUUUCAGUCCUCUGGAAUUGUGUGGGAUAGAGGAUAACCAGAAGGAAAUUGAGAUGGGUCAAUGUGGUUUCUCUGCUACAACCAUGACCCCAAGAACUACCACAGUUGACAAUGUUGAAAACACAAGUACAUCUCAUCUGGGCUCAGAUCUCUACCUGUCUUACCUACUAGAUGGAGGAGCCACUUCUUCAUCCUCUGUUGCUGAGAAUUUCCAAUGUGGGUAUUCAGACAAUGAACUGUUGAUGCUAAGUACUGAUGAGUCUUCUUCUUCUUCUUCAAAUGGUAAGAAAGAUAUUGAUUUGGUGGAGAUGGUCUGUUCUUCUCAGUUCUAUCAUGGUAAUAGCAGUAGCUUCUAAUGUGUUGUUGAGAUGAUUCCAGAUAAAUCCUUCUCAGCUAUUGCUGGUUUAUGUCUUUCAGUAGUGAAUCUAGUGAUGUAAUUGUAGAAAUUUCCUUAUUUCUUGUAAGAGCUACUUGUGAAAAAACCUGUUA